GUUUCGUUUCUCCCUGAACAAGCCCCGGUGAGCCCAGCCCAGCCCAGCCCAGCCCAGCUCUGCUUAACCUGGCGCAGGUCGACACGGCACGGCACAGCUCGGCACAGCUCGGCACACCUUGGCACAGCUCGGCACAGCUCGGCACAGCUCUGCUCGACCAUGCCGCGGUUCAGAGUGGCUGAGGCCAGGCAGUGGGGGGAUCAGUUCGUGCAGUUCCUGCAGGAGACGGGCCGGGAGCAGGAGUGUCAGCGGGAAACUCUGCGGAGUAUCUACAACCUCGAGUUCCGGGGCAGGACUGACACAAGGACUCCCAACUUCUCCUGCACUUUGAAUGCCCUGAGGGUGACCCAUCGGGCGCUGGUGCGGGGGCAGGUGGUGCAACUCAAGACGGUAAAGAGGCGCGUGGUGGUGGCAGACCAGUACCGGAGACCCAGAGCGGAUGCACAGACAUCACAGCCCACCUCUGCCUCGGGGCAGCAGCAGCCCAGCUCCACUCCACAGACGCCCCGGAGCUACGCCCAGCUGCGCGCCGAGCUCAUCAGCGGGAAGCACGGCGUGGAGAUCGUCUCGGAGUACGACCAGGGCAACGGGGAGAUCCGCUUCCCGGUGGAGCGGGGCAGGCCCCGGACGGUCCCCGUGGAGGUGCAGAACCGCGGGACGCAGGAGGUGACGCUGCGGCGGGUCCAGCCACGCUACCAGUCACCGGCGCUCUCCUUCAGCGACGAGCAAGGGGUGACACAGGGACAGUCCCUGGUGCUCCACCCGGGUGGCAGGUACCCCAUCCACGUGCGGUGCCUCACCUCCUGCAACGGGCACUUCCCCGUCGUGCUGGUGUUUGAGUUCACCAAGGAGCCCAACGAGCCCUUCAGCAUCUCACGCUACGUCGCUGCCGUCGCCCAGAGCCAGCUGGCCAAGGACCUGGGGCCCUCGGCACCUUACCAGCCUUACCAGGCCAACCUCCAGCGCCCUGUCACCGUCAUCACCGAGGAAGGCAUCCCCCCCGACAGCUCCCUGAGAAACGAACUGGAGAGGGAACUCCCUCUGGGCACCUACCAAUACCCAAAGAACCUCAAGGACACGAUCCUGCUCGGACCCAGCACCAGUGCCAGCUCCAACUGGGCUACCAUGAGCUCGCUGCUGGAAGCACCUCUGCAGGCUGACAACUACCAGCAGAAGUUCCAGCUGCUGCUGUACCUGGAGGAGAUCCAGAUGGAGGUGGACAUCCGGCGCUACGACAUGCAGGACGUGACCAUGGUGCAGGAGAGGGGGCUGCUGGUCCUCGACGUGCCCGGCGUGGCCGAGAACCGCCCGUCCGUGCUGAGGGGUGACCACCUCUUUGCCAACCUGAGCAGCGAGCGGGACCAUUCCCCGCUCCUCCAGUACAAGGGCUACGUGCACGACGUGGAGCUGGAUAGGGUCAAGCUGGGCUUCUCCCCCAAGAUGCUGAGUAAGUUUGUGAAGAACCUGAAGUUCGACGUGACCUUCACCUUCAGCCGGCUGCCUCUGCAGGUCCAGCACCGGGCUGUCGUCCUGGCCAUGCGCCACGGCUUGUCCAGCCUCCUCUUCCCCUCCGCCUCCUGCCACAUGUCCCUCUUCCCAGGCCCCUUCCAGCCGCGGUGGUUCGACCGCAAACUGCAGGCGAACGAGGAGCAGUGCAGGGCCGUGACCCACAUCGUGAUGGGGAUGUCCCGACCGGCCCCCUACCUCAUCUUCGGCCCCCCCGGCACCGGCAAGACGGUCACUGUGGUGGAGGCCAUCAAGCAGGUGUGGACGUGCUUCAAGGAUGCCCGGAUCUUGGCCUGUGCCCCUUCCAACAGCGCCGCAGACCUGCUGUGCCAGCGCCUCAUCACGGACAUCCCCCCUCGGAAUGUCUACAGGCUCAUCGCCAGCUCCAGGAACUACAGGGAGGUGCCCGCUGAUAUCAGGCCCUGCUGCAACUGGGACGAUGAGCAGAGCAGCUACGUGUACCCGAGCAAGGAGUACCUGGGGCGCUACCGGAUCCUCGUCACCACGCUGGUGACAGCAGGAAGGCUGGUGUCAGCCAACUUCCCCCCUGGGUAUUUCUCCCACGUCUUCAUCGAUGAGUGUGGCCACGCGGUAGAGCCGGAGAGUGUGGUCGCCAUUGCCGGGCUCCUGACUCCCAUGGACCAGAAGACCAACCCCACUGGGGGGCAGCUGGUGCUGGCAGGAGACCCCAAGCAGCUGGGCCCUGUCCUGACCUCCCCGCUGGCCACGGAGCACGGCUUGGGCACCUCGCUGCUGGAGAGGCUGAUGCUGCACAACCCCCUGUACCAGAAGUCCAGUGAAGGAUACGACCCACAGUUUGUCACCAAACUGCUCUGGAACUACAGGUCCCACGAGGCCAUCCUGAAGAUCCCCAACGAGCUCUUCUAUGACAGCGAGCUGAAGGCGUGCGAGAGUGAUGGACUGGAUGUCCGGAAUUUCUAUUGCAACUGGGAGGAACUUCCCAAACAAGGCUUCCCCAUAAUCUUCCACGGGGUUUGUGGGGAAGACCAGAGAGAGGAGAAGAGCCCCUCGUUCUUCAACACAGCCGAAAUCGAGGUGCUGGUCGACUACCUCAAGAAGCUGCUGCAGAGCCAGGGCAAGAAGGGCUGUCCCACUGUGUCCCCCAAGGAGAUCGGCAUCAUCUCUCCCUACAGGAAGCAGGUGGAAAAGAUUCGGAGAGCCAUCACCUCCCUGGACCCUGUCCUGAAGAGGCUGGCAGACAUCAGCCAGCUGAAGGUGGGCUCCGUGGAGGAGUUCCAGGGCCAGGAGCGGCGCGUGAUCCUCAUCUCCACCGUGCGCAGCUACAGCGCGUACCUGCAGUUCGACAGGACCUUCAGGCUGGGCUUCCUCAAGAACCCCAAGAGGCUCAACGUGGCCCUCACCAGGGCCAAGGCUCUGCUGAUCGUGGUGGGCAACCCGGCUGUGCUCAGCAAGGACGAGCACUGGCACAGGUUCCUCAUGUACUGCAAGGAAGAGGGUGGCUACACAGGACUCCCCUACGAGGGUGAGGGCACAGAGCAGGACAGACUCGUUGCCGACCUCCAGGGGCUGAGGCUCAACAUUUAACACCCAGGAAACCUACGUGGGAAAGGAGGAGAAGCCCUAUGAAGCUCCAGCCCCCUCAGCCUGUCCCCUGGCCUGCAGCAGCCCUUGCACUCCCCCUGUCUCUGUGCAUCCCUGCAGAGUUGGGGCUGAACCCACCGGACCAGAGGAUACUGCCAAGCCUUUCCUGUCAGCCAGGAACCCUGGCACAGACCACAGGGCAGCCCCCUCCCCUUAUGGAGUGGGACCACCCCAGGACUGGACUGGGACCAUUCUCCAUUUUAACCAGCUUUUGACACAGCUGUGGCAAAACAAUUCUCUGUGACUGGUCUCACUGUUCAGUGAAAGGCUUAAGCCUUCAAAGAGCAUCACUGGGUGCACAGGGGAGCCCAGUGCUGCUGUGGUGGGUGACUGGGGCAGGCAGGGACCUGGCCAGCCACAGCGUGGCUCAGCUCCUAACUGGGCAGCUGCCUGGCUUGAGAGCUGGCAUGGCUGGGCAGGCACUUUGUUUCCCUGGAAUAAAUAUUUACAGAAAAACGGUCUCGAGUCUGGGGCUCUGCCACAAUGACAGGGCUGCUGGAGCAGGGACAGGCUCGCUGCAGCCCUGUCCUGACCUGCUCCAGAGCCAGGAUGGCUCCAGCAGUGACAGCAGUGCCCAUCAUCCAGGGACUGGGUACAGCUGGGAAGCUCCUGCCCAGCCCUUCCCACAUAAACUGCUUCCUGGCUCUUAUCUGAAACGAGAGCCAGGCCUAAAAGAGUUAACUGAGGUCUCUUGCUCUGCUGAGAAAGCCCCCCCAACACCUGUCUGUGUUGCUAAGACUUGUUCUGUUCUGCUUACUGGACCUAAACCUAAUCAUAAGAAGAAUGCUAGAAACAGUAUACAAUCAACCCAGAGGUUAUAAAUUAAGACAAGGUAGACAUUUGAAUAGGAGAAAAGGGCUUAGAGCCAAGGGUUUCUGCAAGCUUCAGUAGCUGGGACAUUAACAAUAGAAAGGUAAGAAGGUCAAAGUGAGAGAGAAGAGAAAAAGACCCCCAAUUUGAGGUGGAAGGCUGGAAUGACCACCAAAACUCAGCACCAAGAGAAGAAUCUGGAAAGCACCUCCCUAAGCUCCGCCCAGGCCCCGCCUAUUAUUAAUAUGCAUGAUUAGAUGUUGUUAUCAUAUGACUAUAUAUGUAAUCAUGUAUGUAGACUGUUAUAAAUACCUUAAUUUUGCACUGGUGCCUUUGAGCAAGCUUGACCAGCGCUAGCUGGCUUGCUCCCAACGUUGAAUAAAUAAACACCUUGCUACUUGUAGAUAAAAA